AUGCAACCUUCAAUACUGAGGAAUGUACAAACCUUAUCAUGGAAACCUUUCUGCCAGCUACCGCUUCCAGUCCGCAAGUGCUCUACUAAGCAUCUAUUAUUUUUAACUGAAAAUUCUAUACAGCGACUAAAACAAAUCGAAGCAAAGGGAUUUCUUAUGAGAAUCCUAGUGGAUAGUGGAGGAUGUUCGGGAUUCCAGUAUAAAUUCCAACUUGUAGAUAAAAUUCAAGAAACCGACAAAGUAGUCAAACAAGAUGGCGUCGUUGUAGUUGUUGACGAUGUCUCGCUCGAAUUUAUCAAGGGUUCAACAAUCGAUUAUGAAGAUGAAUUGAUUCGAUCUGGUUUCUGUAUUGUUGACAAUCCACAAGUUGACAAAAGUUGCUCUUGCGGUGUUUCAUUCAGUACUAAACUUGACUAA